CUCCUCCCCUGCCUCUCUCUGUUUCUGGUUUCUCCUCUCUCCCUUCUCCUUCGCCCACAAGUUUUAUUAUUACUCUCUCAGCAAUAGCAAUAGCAAUAGCAACAGCAGCAACUCUCUUCCUGAAUCCUGCUCUCCGAUCCCCCUUCCUUUCUUCUCUAUCUCUUGUUCGUUAAAGAGUUUUGAUGGAGGCUCAGGUAAAGCAAGAGAUCCUGGAAACCCCCAACCGCGAGCUCGGACCGAAUCGACUUACUGCCGGAGUAACGCGGUCUCCACCACUUGAUGUGAUCGAGCUCAGCAGCGACUCGGAAUCUGACGCAGACGAGCCUUCCGGCGGUUGCCGCCGCAAUGCCGAUGGAGGGGGAGAAGGUUCGGAGAAUAAGAGGAGGAAGUUGAACGAGUUGGGAGUCACUGAGCCGGACAACUUCUUGGCUCCACUUCCCGCGGGGGCCGAUUUAGCUUCCCAGGCUUUGACCAUCGCUCGCCCACUCGUAUCGAGGGAGAACGGGAGUGUGAUGGUGAAUGCUCAUAACUCCAAGCAGUUUUGGAAAGCCGGUGAUUACGAGGGUGAUUCCGUUGCUGGCUGGGAUGUCCCUUCUGGUGGCAUGGAUCAUGUAAGGGUUCAUCCAAAGUUCUUACAUUCCAAUGCAACCAGCCACAAAUGGUCUCUUGGAGCCUUUGCAGAACUGUUGGACAACGCAUUGGAUGAGGUUUGCAAUGGAGCAACGCUAGUGAAGAUAGACAUGCUGAAAAGUGGGAAAGAUGGGAGCAGAAUGCUACUGAUUGAGGAUGACGGUGGUGGGAUGGAUCCAGAUAAAAUGCGGAAGUGCAUGUCCUUAGGCUAUUCUGCAAAAAGCAAAGUGGACAAUGCCAUUGGCCAGUAUGGCAAUGGUUUCAAGACAAGUACCAUGAGGCUUGGUGCUGAUGUUAUUGUGUUUUCUCGGUGUCGCGGACAAAAUGGCAAGAGACCUACCCAGAGCAUUGGUUUACUAUCAUACACAUUCUUGAAGAAUACAGGAAAAGAGGACAUAGUAGUUCCAAUGCUUGACUACGAAAGAGAAGGACAAGGGUGGAGCAGAAUUGCUAGACUUUCUGAUGUUGAUUGGACUAGGAAUGUGGAAACCAUUCUUCAGUGGUCUCCAUUCCUUAGCGAGGCAGAUCUUCUACAAGAGUUGGAUAUGCUGUCAGAUAAUGGGACACGCAUAAUAAUCUACAAUCUCUGGGAGGACGAUGAAGGAUUUUUGGAGCUUGAUUUUGAUGCUGAUCCUCAUGACAUACAACUUAGAGGGGCAAAUCGAGAUGAAAAAAAUAUACAAAUGGCGAGGGAGUUUCCCAACUCACGCCAUUUCCUGACCUACAAGCAUUCAUUACGGAGUUAUGCUUCGAUUCUCUAUCUCAGAAUUCCUCCUGCCUUUCGGAUCAUCCUUCGUGGAAAAGAUGUUGAGCACCAUAAUAUAGUAAAUGACAUGAUGAUGUCUCAGGACGUGAUAUAUCGGCCACAGGCUUCUGUUGAUGGGACAACCAAGGAUCAUAGUAGUAUGACUGCUGCUGUUACUGUGGGAUUUGUCAAGGAUGCAAAGUAUCAUAUUGAUGUUCAGGGGUUCAAUGUCUAUCACAAGAAUCGACUUAUCAAGCCAUUUUGGAGGCUAUGGAAUGCUGCUGGAAGUGAUGGUCGUGGAGUCAUAGGUGUCUUAGAAGCCAAUUUUGUUGAACCUGCCCAUGAUAAGCAAGGCUUUGAACGCACAACUGUUCUGUCACGGCUUGAGACUCGUCUAAUACAAAUGCAAAAGAAUUACUGGUGUUCGAACUGUCACAAGAUCGGCUAUGCUCCCAGACGUAACAAGAAAGGGUUAAGUGAAGAGACAGAAACAAUUUUCUCACAUGAUCAGAGUUUGGGAAGAAAAGAACCACCAGAAAGAUCUGGUAAAGAGGUGCGAUAUGAAAAGCAAAAUGUUUCAAGGAAAGGAAACAACAAUACCACAAAGUCUCCAGUCAAAUCAAGAAAAGGAUUUGAAUCUUCUGAACCAUCAACCCCUUCCGAGGAUGCAAAUGACGGUAACAUGCGUAGUUCCCCCCCUCUGAAAAAAGCAACGUCCAGCACUCCUGUCGGGAAAUCCUUACCAACAGAUGUGUUGCAUGGAAGUCGGCCAUCCCCACGUUCGGGAGAUGGAAGAACUCAUAAUGUCUCCAACCCAUCUGGGGAAUCUGUUCCAGCAACCAUACGUACCCAGUCAAAGGCGUUGUUGAUCUCAGUGCUGAUGGUCAUCAUUCUGCAGUUGAUACAGAUACAAGUGAUCGGCUAAAGCUAGAGAACCGUGAACUGAAGGAAAGAUUAGAGAAGAGGGAGGCGGAACUUCGAUUGAUGAGUUUGAAGUGCCAGAAAUGCAGUGCUCUAAAGAUACAGUUUGAUCAAGCCCAGCAGAAGAUAGAAGACUUGAACAAGGAACAGGAAAGUCUAAUUGACAUAUUCUCGGAGGAGAAGGAGCGAAGAGACAAGGAAGAGGAUAAUUUGAGGAAGAAGUUGAAGGAUGCAUCCAACACCAUACAAGAAUUGCUAGAUAAAGUAAGGUUGCUGGAGAAGAUGCAAUCAACCUCUAACAAUGCAGGAAGGUAACAUUGCAAUGGCCCUGGAAGGAAGACUUUUGUACAGAUUUUGAGCCCAAGAAAAGCAAGAAGGUCGUAGGAUAAGCCGUAGGCAACACGUCUUGGGCAGGAAGUUAAUUUUGUUAAUAUUAUAUGCUGCUGAUUUACAGACUAAGAUUAGCGCAAAAAAGAAGUGGUUUCACUGCAUUUUGAGGGCUGUAAAAAGGAGGGGCUUGGCGGCUUGCUGUGUUGGGUUGGCCGCAGCACCAAGUUGUAAGAAAAACAAACGAUCAAUCCUUAGUAGGGAAGGAUGAAGGAGUUGACAGGUGCCACCAAUUUUGGUAUUGUGUCCAAUGGUAAUGGGUCGGGUUUUGCCAAAUCUAAAUUCAUGAAUUUAUCAGU